CUCGAAUUUUCAAGUCAGUAUCUUGAAUUUAGUAACUUGAAUUUUCAAGUUAGUAUGUUGAAUUUUCAAGUUAGUAUGUUGAAUUUUCAAGUUAGUAUGUUGAAUUUUCAAGUUAGUAUCUCGAAUUUUCAAGUCAGUAUCUUGAAUUUUCAAGUUAGUAUCUUGAAUUUAUAUCUUGAAUUUAGUAACUUGAAUUUUCAAGUUAGUAUGUUGAAUUUUCAAGUUAGUAUGUUGAAUUUUCAAGUUAGUAUGUUGAAUUUUCAAGUUAGUAUCUCGAAUUUUCAAGUCAGUAUCUUGAAUUUUCAAGUUAGUAUCUUGAAUUUAUAUCUUGAAUUUAGUAACUUGAAUUUUCAAGUUAGUAUGUUGAAUUUUCAAGUUAGUAUCUUGAAUUUUCAAGUUAGUAACUUGAAUUUUCAAGUUAGUAUGUUGAAUUUUCAAGCUAGUAUGUUGAAUUUUCAAGUUAGUAUCUUGAAUUUUCAAGUUAGUAUCUCGAAUUUUCAAGUCAGUAUCUUGAAUUUUCAAGUUAGUAUCUUGAAUUUAGUAACUUGA